AUGGUAAAUUAUUGUGGCUUAAGACAAAGGCAUCUAAAGAGUUUGUUUGCACAAAUUUAUCUUCUCCUCUUCAGAGAAACAAGUCUAAGUAAAGGACCAAUCGCCAUCCCAAAUAAUAAAUACCUUCAAAGAAAUGAUGAUAAGAAACUACGGGGUAGUUUUGGAGGGGUGUCAAAGAAGUUAUUGCAAUGCCUUGUCAAUAAUGCUAGUAGAGUUGCCCUUGUAUUUGAUCGCUACUUCAUACCCUCUAUCGAAGAUUAUGAGCAUUCUCUUCGAGGUACUGUAGACGACAAGGAAUUCCACAUUUCCGGUCCUCAACAAACAAAAACAGCAGUUAUUACGAAAGACUUGAAAAAUAUAAAGUUUAAGGAAGCUGUUGUCAAGUUUUUGAUCGAUCAUUGGGCUGAUCAGGAGAUGGCAUCGAUUAUCGGCAGUAAAGAAAUUUACCUAAUAUAUGAUUUGCGGUAUGAAUGUUUUGUUACUGAUAAUAAAGUGACACGCAUCAUUAAUAAUGAGUUAUCGUGCCCUGAUCGCGAAGAAGCGGAUACGAAGAUUAGCAUUUAUUGCUUGCCAAUAAAAUGA